ACAGAACUUUGAGCUGGACAUCCUCUGGACCAUCCUGAAACAGACCUCAUCUCUUCCAUCCACCUCCUCCCUCCUUCGUCUGAUUCAGCAUGCUGCCACUGAGGAUGCUGGGCAUUGGCUUGCUCAUGUUUUCACUGUGUGAUGCAGACACUGCAUGCUCUGAAAAGCACAACCCCCUCAGCCUGGAUCCUCCUGAGAUCAUAGGGGAAUACGGAACUGAAGUCUUGGUAAACUGUACCAGCACUGUUCUUCAUGAUGGGAUGUACUGGAGAGUUAGAAAUGAAAGCUUUGUCAUCGAAGUGCAAGAAAACUUUAUUGGCCAAUCAGUGUUGCUGUCAGACUGGAAUGUGACAGCCGAGUGCAAAAUAAAGUUGAAUGAAUCUCAUGAGUGCAGCAAAGAGCUUGAAAUUACUACUUACAAGAAUCCAGAAGUCCUUUCUUCAAUAAAGCUUGUGCAUGCAACACCAAAAGAGACACAAUACGAGCUGAAAUGUGAUACCAUCAACGUUGCUCCUCUUCAGAAUCUCAUUGUGAAGUGGUACAAAAACGAUAAACUCAUCAAGACAAACUUUUUUAACGACACAACCAAGACACCAGUGAAUGAGUCUUCUGUCCUGCCAGUCACCGUCAGCAGAGGGGAAGAAGUUCAGAUUAGGUGUGAGGCUCAGCUGAACUUGGUGCCACAUGGUCUACAGCUUCCUGUUGUUUUUCAAACACUCAAUGUUUUGGCACAAUAUCCUCCUGAGCUCAAUCCAAAAAAAGAUAUUGACUACAUUGUUGCAUCUCAGGAUGGUGAAAUUACGCUAGAAUGUAAAGCUGAGGGGAACCCACCGCCUGUCUUUCAUUGGACCUAUAAUGGGAUGACUAUGUCGGAGAGCUCAAACACUCUCAACAUUACUCGAGUAAAUGCCAGUGCAACCUACACCUGCACAGCUAGCAAUUAUCUGGGAAAGACAACUAAGCAAAUCUUUGUUCGUGUGAUACAAAGAGAAGCAGUUCCUGCAGCCCUGCCCACCGCUGAGGCAGCAACACCGGAAGCAGAGGAUUGCCCCCUUACGUUGACGCCUUCUGAAAUAGUGGUGAGAUUUGGAGAUCCAGCUUCGGUUAACUGCAGCACAUCAGCCACAAAUGCAGUGGGAAUGGGCUGGGAGUCUUCAGUUGGAGGCACAGGUUUUGUACCACCUCCUAUUGUCACUUGGAUGGUUGCAAAACUGGAAGACUGGACUGCAGUACCCUCCUGCUUUGUUACUCUGAAUACUACUGAUGAUAAACAGUGUUCGAAGAGUCCAACCGUCAUUCUUUAUAAGACUCCAGACACCGUGUCAAUCUCUGCAGUGCAUCCUGGUCCGAUGGUGGAGGGCACAGACUUCCACUUGAAAUGUGACGUCAACAAUGUAGCUCCAGUGCAGAACCUCAAAGUAAAGUGGUACCGCGACAAUGAAACUGUGUCCGAGCAGAUGUUUCUCCACACCAACACAACCCCACAGAAUGUGUUCUCUACCCUCAUCAUUACCGCUAAGAGAGAUUACAAUGGAUCACUAUAUAGAUGUGAGGCUGCGCUGCAUCUUGGACCCAAUGGACCGGAAUUCAUCCCGACUGAAACAUCAGAACCUUACACUGCUAUUGUGCACUAUAAGCCGUUCAUCAAAGAUUGUCCAAGCAGUUACACUGCUGUGGAACACAAGCUCAGUAUGGACACGUUGCCCUGUUCAUCUGAAGGAAACCCUCCACCUAUUGUUCAGUGGUAUCACCAGGGUAAACUGAUCAAUUCAUCUGAGCCACUCACCAGGUUUGGCACGGGAAAGUACACGGCUGCAGUUGGAAAUAGCCUUGGCAGUAUCAGCACCUCUGUUGAAAUCACAGUUGAAUAUGAACCCUCUUUUAACUGCAUGGACCACUAUGAGAUUGAAAUGAAUGUUGGAUUCCAAACCAAAUGUGAACCAGAGGGAAAUCCUGCUCCCUCCCUCACAUGGUUUAAAGAUGGAACACUUGUGGAUUCCCCACUGCGCUGGACAAAGCAUGAUAGUGGAAAAUACUUACUCAAAGCGACCAACAAACACGGGACAGCCGAACACACUGUACAUCUUGAUGUUUUGUAUGCCCCUCAAUUCGGGGAGGGAAAUUCCAAUAAGGAGAUGAGCCUGGGUGAAAAUGUGACUUUAGCGUGCAGUGCUGAGGGCAACCCUACCCCUUCCAUCCACUGGAUUUGGAACUUCAGCUCUGCAGCGAAUUUGAAAGAGACCACUAUGGGGCGCCAGACGAUCAUCACUAUCACUAGAGCCACGUCUACCAACGCUGGUGUUUACAUCUGUGUUGCCACGAAUAAAGUUGGGACCAUGACAAGAUCUGUCACACUGGUGAUGAAAGGUUCCAGUGCCACCCCCAUGGCAGUCAUCUGGGGACUGAUUAUUGUACUGAUCAUCCUAACCAUCCUCAUAGCCAUGGUCCUUUUACACAACCGCCAGAAAAAACAUGGACAAUAUAGUUUUGUCCCUGCAAACACCAAGGACGGUUCAAAUGUCCCCAUGACUACUAUGUCUGAAGGGGGGACAGCUUGAUUAUAUGAUGAAAGCUGAACUGUACUUCACACUUGUGGAAACAGAGUGAAACUGUGUACAAAGGAGAGGUACCAAGAGUGAGAAACAGUGAAAAUGUGUACAAAGGAGAGGUACCAGGAGUGAGAAACAGUGAAAAUGUGUACAAAGGAGAGGUACCAAGAGUGCAAACAAGCAAAGCUAUGGGUGAAACAGCUGUAAUAAAGCUACACUUGCAAUAAAAUAACCAUUAUUUUUA